GCUGGUGAAAUUUUUCUGGAAACCAAUCAACGUAAUGUCUUCCUUCGAAGAAUGUAAUAGUAAGCUUCUGGUAAAACUGUUUAUUGGUUUCAAAGUCAAAUGAAAUGAUGGCUUUCCAAAAAAGUGUACGGCAUUUGAAAUAUUUUCUAUUUAAAGUUGUGCACCUGUCAUAAUAAAUCAAUAAAAUACACUCUUAACUAAUCAAAACUCCUUAUUAUUAAAUCAAUAGUGAACUUAAAAAAAGAUUCAAAUGAAUUAUAAUUUAACGCACUGAAUGUUUCGGAGCGAAGUGAGCAUUCAAGUAUUUAUUUAGUCAAUUUAUGAAUAGUCCUGAGACGAACACCACGCCUAGAGAAUUAUCUACGAGUCCGAUAACGUUAAAUGUUCCUCUGCCGAAUUCACAUGACGAACGAUCCAAUAGUAAUCCAUGCGAUUCAGAAUAUUCGAAGCAAAACACUUCUACUAUCCGAAAUGUACGUAGAUCAAAAUCGACUACUUAUGAGAAAUUUUCUGAUCAAAGGAUGAUGUUCCAGAAAUCAGUCAAAUCUGAGAGAUCAUGGUUUCAAAUUCCAAAAGCCAGUCUUUCUAUGCAUGGAAAACUAGAAUUAACAGCUUUCAAUAAACAGCCAAUAGUUUGCAAUGAAAUACGCGAUCAUAAACGUUAUCCAGACGCAUUUAAAAAUUCAUUUGGAAUUCGACAGUCAAGUCCCAGCAGAGUACGCGUAUACAGUGGUUUCUACUCGGCAAAUAUGCGUGGAAGAUAUAAUCCCACUGGAUAUCGCCGGUUGGGAAUAAUUUCACCUAUGUCUACACAAAGAUUCACAACAAACGAUACAUUCGUCGAUAAAUCGUCAUCUGCAGGUGUAACAGUCUUUGACCUCGCCAAUUCCGCUCAGUGUUUGAUUGUCAAUUCUCUGAAAUCUCCUGACAGUAAGAAGACAAAAGAAUGCUUCCACACGAAAUCUCUUCACACUGUUCAAAGAUGAUGUAAAGCUUCUCUGUGAGAAUAAAAGGGAGUGGAUCGUAAUUCAGACUGUAUCCACCGUUGUAUCAUAGAUUACUCUUUGC